AUGGCAGCUCGACGUCCUCAGCAUCCUCCAUUGUGCGAGACCGACCACGCAGCAUCCGAUCCACGCGACUCGACGCAUCUACCAUCACAACCACCAUACGACCUCAAAGGUAAAGCUCGAGCCUACGACACCGCCCAAGAUGCAUUCUCAAUAUCACGCUCCAGCGCCUCGACGGCGUCGACGCCUGCAGUCAACUCGAUCCUCGGCGAUACAUCCGACAAGACGAGCUGGAACUACGUCCUUCGCUCCGGUUUCGCCGGUGGUAUCGCCGGCUGCGUCGCCAAAUCGGCCAUCGCACCGCUCGAUCGAGUCAAGAUCCUGUUCCAAGCUCAGAAUCCUGAGUUCCAAAAGUACUCGGGCAAGUGGUUGGGCGUGUUCCAGGCCGGUCGCGACAUUGUACGCUCCGAUGGACCCUCAGCGCUGUUUCAAGGUCACAGCGCCACGCUGAUGCGCAUCUUUCCAUAUGCAGCCAUCAAGUACAUGGCGUACGACAAGCUGCAUUUCUACCUCAUGCCCACCAAGCAGAGCGAGACGUCGGCGAGGUUGUUCCUGGCUGGAUCGGCAAGCGGUGUGCUUUCAGUCUUCAUGACAUACCCAUUAGAGCUGAUUCGGGUACGAUUGGCCUUCGAGACCAAACGCAAGCGACAAAAGGGAGGACUGAGAAGGAUCAUCGGCAUGAUCUACCGCGAAGGCGCGACGGAAGCACCGUUCAGCAGCGAUGCCAGGAGGAGAGCGGCGAGGAUGGCACAGCAAGCAGCGCAGCAGGCGAAUCUCAGCACUUCGGCCACGCAGAGUGCCAUCGCUGCGGCUGGGUCGACGGCGAAUUCGAUCGAAAGUGCUCUGCGUGCAACGGAUCCCAACGUACCGUCAUCGGCUGUUCCGGCGGGGAAUCGAUUGCUGGCCAAGUAUCCGAUCCUCAAGUUCUACCGAGGAUUCAGCGUGACGGUGAUGGGGAUGAUUCCGUAUGCGGGGACGAGUUUCCUCGUGUUCGGUCGAUGCAAGACCAUGCUUCAGGACAUGUUUCCGCCGUCGGAACCGGCAGCGGGUGUAGCGGGUAGCAGACGACAGUGGUACUGGCCGAGCAAGACCGUGGUGGACCUAUCGGCAGGUGCACUGGCGGGGGCGCUCUCGCAGACGGCGGCGUAUCCGUUCGAGGUGAUCCGCAGAAGACAGCAAGUGGGAGGGAUCAUUCGACCCGGUGCCAUGCUGGGCAUGUGGGAGACCGCAGCGUGGAUCUACAAGACGAGCGGAUGGAGAGGAUUUUAUGUUGGUUUGAGCAUCGGGUUUCUGAAGGUGGUGCCGAUGACGAGCAUCUCGUUUGCCGUUUGGUUGGGGAUGAAGAGGCAGAUGGGCAUCUAG